UCAAGGUAAGGGGAGAAAGGCAGGGAGGCUCUCAGCACUUUGUGCUCUGGGUGCAGAGGGGACUGGAGGGUAGAGUAUGGAAGCAGGGAGCUCUAGUCCUGGGUUCUGCAGGGCCAAAGCAGGAGGCAGGAGGCUGGACUUAGUAAGUAGUGAGGAUAGUGAGAGAAAUAUUCGGCAGUCAGACUGGAAAGGACUUGUCUGCAAGCUGGGUGUGGAGUAUCAGCAUCAAUCCUAGGUUUUUCUGCCUGGUUAGGUGGUGAAGCAGAUUUGAGAGAAAGACCUUAGUUUGGAUAAACGGGGUCUGAACCCGCCUCUGAUUUGCCAGGGCUGGAGCUCAGGAGGUCCUGGUUGGGGAGGGCACUCAGAGAGUAGACAGAGUCCUGGGAAAGGCAGGGGAGGAGAGGAGAUUCACAGCUGACGUUUGGGGACAGAAGGAGGAGCCUGAGGAGGAGACAGGACAGAAGUGUCUGGAGAGGCAGGAGGACACUGAGUUCCCUGUGUUGGCCUCCAGGUUCUGUGCUUGCAGAGACGACUGGCGGCUGGGAUCAAGCCCCGACAAUGGGCAAUGCGCAGGAGCGGCCGUCGGAGACUAUAGACCGCGAGAGGAAACGCCUGGUCGAAACAUUGCAGGCAGACUCGGGGCUGCUGUUGGACGCGCUGUUGGCGCGAGGCGUGCUCACCGGGCCAGAGUACGAGGCAUUGGAUGCACUGCCUGAUGCCGAGCGCAGGGUGCGCCGCCUACUGCUGCUGGUGCAGGGCAAGGGCGAGGCCGCCUGCCAGGAGCUGCUGCGCUGUGCCCAGCGUACCGCGGGCGCGCCUGACCCCGCCUGGGACUGGCAGCACGUGGGUCCGGGCUACCGGGACCGCAGCUAUGACCCUCCAUGCCCAGGCCACUGGACGCCGGAGGCACCCGGCUCGGGGACCACAUGCCCCGGGUUGCCUAGAGCUUCAGACUCCGACGAGGCCGGGGGCCUCGAGGGCUGCGAGGCGGUGCAAUCCGGGACCCCAGAGGAACCAGAGCCAGAGCUGGAAGCAGAGGCCUCUGAAGAGGCUGAACUGGAGCCAGAGCCAGAGCUGGAACCCGAGCCUGAAGCAGAACCAGAGCCGGAACUGGAGCCAGAACCGGACCCAGAACCUGAGCCCGACUUCGAGGAAGGGGACGAGUCGGAAGAUUCCUGAAGGCCAGAACUCUGACUGGCUGUGCCCCGCCCAUGCUGGAUAGGACCUGGGAUGCUGCUGGAGCCGAAUCGGAUGCCACCAAGGCUCAGUCCAGCCCAGUACUGCUGGAAGUGAAUAAACUCCAGAGGGUCCACUGGGACCUGGGCUCUCUCCACAAUUCUGGCUGUUUGCCCAGGAACGGAGGGUGGGUACCUCUGAGUCCCAGGGACCUGGGCAGCCCCAAGCCCACCACAAGCAUCAUCCAGUCCUCAGCCCUAAUCUGCCCUUAGGAGUCCAGGCUGCACCCUGGAGAUCCCAGACCAAUCCCCCUACUGGGACAAGGACCUGACCCUCAUGCCCGCAUACACAACCCAUUUCCCCUCAUGAGCCACUUGGCAGCCUGUGUAGGUACCAGCUUAACCCCAUGCAAGUCCCUGAGCUGAACAUGGAGCAAGGGGAGGGUGACUUUUCUCCACGUAGGGAGGGCUUAGAGCUCACAGCCUUGGGAAGUGAGAUUAGAAGAGGGGAGCAGAAAGGGACCUUGGGUAGACAGAGGCCACACACAUCAUUGUCAUUACUGUUUUAAUUGUCUGGCUUCCCUCUGGACUGGGAGCUCAGUGAGGACUCUGACCAGUAACUUACACAAAAGGAGCUCUAUACAUAUUAUAAUAUAUUCACUGACUAAAUGAACAAGGACUUUCCAA